AUGUCAAAGAAAAUAGUGAAAGGAGGAGGUAGUAACACAGCAAUUAAGAAUACAUCAAAACCUCUGGAAGAGAGUAUUUUAGAUAUUAUAAAUGACAUUAGCAAGCGUUAGUAUUCGUUAGAUUUUAGAGAACCUGUCGAUGUAAAAGCAUUAGGAUUGAGCGAUUAUUAUGACAUUGUUAAAAAGCCAAUGGACAUAUCCACUCUCAAAAAUAAUUUUUUGGAGGGUGUUUAUAAGACAAUAAAAGAAGUAUGGGAAGAUUUUGAUUUAAUCGUGAAUAACUGCAAGGCUUAUAAUAGAAUUCCAGACCACCCAAUAAACCAAAAAGCUGAUCAAAUGAAAAGCCGUGUAGAUAAAAAUUUUUAAAAGUUAUUAGAAGAUUAUAAGGCUCUAGGAGUUGAUACAGAUGGAUACUAAAUACAAAUAGAUUUAGAUGAUCUAAAGGCAAAAGAAGAAAAAAAAAGGAAGAUUAAGUUAGAUGGACUGGAUGAAAAAAAUAUACUAAUUGGCGGUGACAAAAGACUAAAUCUUAUCCCUGGUUCAUUAAAUGAAAGAAAAUUUUUCGAACUCUCAAAUUAAGAAUUAUAGAUGAUGUAGGCAGGAAAAAAUAUACAAAUGUUGCCUCUCAACUAACCUUUGUAACAAGAGGAUCCUGUGUUCUAGCCAACGUCUUUGAAAAUAUCCUUAAACGCACCAAACUUAAGUUUGAAUUUGAGUAAUUCCACAAUAACUGGCGAAUAACCUACUCCAACUAAUAAUUAAGUUGGGAUGAAAUAACCUAGAAUAACUGGAGACAAUACUUAAAAAGUAAAGAAAUAAAAAGACUAUUCAGCCAAAAUAUAAGAACUGCAAACUCUGCUUGCCUAACUCAAGCUUGAGCUUGAAGUUUAAACAAAAAAAAAGUCUGAUGUAGAAAAAUAAAGAAUCCUAUGUAAAAAUGUAUACAUUCUUUCAAAAAAAUAAAGAAGAGGAGUCCAUCAACUUGUUUAACAAUUUGAAACAGAAGAAAAUACCUUAAUUAAUCCUGAAGGCACAUUGAAUAAUUUUUCAACUCAAAGUAAUCUAAAUGGGAGUGAACAUAUAAAUGCUUAAGACAUAAAUGAUGCAGCUACAAGUGGUACGUCCUUAAAAACCCCUUAAAAAAGAGAAGAUAAUGGAAAUCUUGAUGAUUAAACAGCUAAAAAAAUGGAAAUAGAAAAUAAAGAAAUAUAGAAAAGUUAGGAUCAAGAAGGUCGCUAUAAUGAUGAUGACGAUGAUGAUAAUGAUAUUAUCAUUAAAAAGAAAAGUAACUUUAUUGACGAUCUAUCUCUAAAGUAAAAUGAAUCUACUUCUUAGAUAGGAUCUAAUAAGAUAAAAAUUCCUACUUCUUAAACACUCAACAAGGAGGCCAACUCAUCAACACAACUAAACGAUUCGAAGAUAUCAUUGAAAUAGUCUCAAAUAGGCCAAAAAUCAAAUAAUGAUUCAUUCUCAACUCCAACAAAAUAAUAACUAUUAAACAGCUCCAAUUUAUCAUCUGAAAAAAUUAAAUAGAGUAGCAAAACUAACAAUUUAAAUGCUUCAGAAUCUAAAUUUUAAAGUAAUACAAAUGACGGUGAAGAGAGUGAAGAAGAAUUUGUACCUUAAUCGCUAAAUACUUCUAAAUAGACUCCAUCUGAUUCUUUGGCUACACCAUAAUAAACUAAUUCUAUUAAACUACAUGGACUCAAACCUACUAGCAGCACUGCUAAUUCUGCCCAUUUAAAGCAUAAAUUGCAUGCUUCUGCUAGUGGAGAUAAAAUUUAAAUUAAAAAGCCUACAGAUCUUAAUAGUUCUCUACGAAAGGAAGGAGUCACACCAGAAAAAAUUUUAAGCUAAGCAAAAAAAGAUUUCACUCCUGAAAAAAGUGGAAGCUCUGGUAAGCAACUUGCUAAUUAAUAGGCAAAAUAAUUAGGCAAUGGAAAUAAUCCUUAAAAAGUAAGACCAAACGGUCAUUUAAAUGGUUAAACAAAUAGCUAAAGCAAUUUAUCUCCUUAGUCCUAGGAGCUUAAAAAAAAAUUAAAUGCCAACACUCCAACUAAAUCAGCUCUUUCUUAAGGAAAAUCUACAAUGAGUGGCAAUGUCUUGCAAAAAAAGAAUCCUUCCUCCGAUAGUAUUAUAAAAGUGAAGAUAGGAGGAGAAUCUAUAUAAAAAAGUGUGUAAGAUCUAAAUGCAAAUAAAAUUAAAAGGCCAGAAGACGAAAUAAAAAUAAAGCUAAAAGAUUCAACAUUCAAAACUGCAGAAAAAGAUGGGGAAGAAAGAAAAGUAAACAAAAUAACUAUCCCAAAUCCACAAGCAGCAGGUGGAAACUUUUUACCUACACCUGAAUUGAAGCAGUCAUAGAGUCUUAAGGCUGCAUAAAUUAUUUAAAUGGGUUAAGAGAAAAAAAACAGAGAAAUGGAAGAAAAGCAAAAAACUGAAGAGUAAAAGAGAUUGGAAGAGUUAAAAAAGAGAUAAAAUCGUCUUAAAAAGAAAGAAUAAAUGCUGCUAUAAGCUCAUUAAUAAAAAUAAGCUGAAGCUGCUGCUGCAGCAGCUGCAGCCGCUCUUGCUAAUAAUGAAGUUUCUGAUAAGCCAGUGAAUACCAGCGAACCUCCAAAAAUUAUUCUUAUGAAGAGUUAGAGUUUAAAACCUGAAGAAGGUGCCUCCACAGGAUCAAAUUUAAUAAAAAUUCCUUUUGAUGCCUCAUUAGCAAAAAUGAGCUCAACUCAAUCUUAACCAAAUAGCCAACUUGACAUUGGCUACAACUCAAGAUAAAUUUAUGAUAAAAUUAUCCCUUCAAAACCUAAGAAAACAUAAAGCAUAUAGUAAGAGUAGAAUGCAAAUACAUCAAAUAGUCAAAAUUUGAAUUUCAAUAAAAUAAAGAUUAAUGUUGGAGGAUCUCCAGUAAUGCCACCUGCUAAUAACCCAUCUAUUUAAAAUUUUCCUAUUCCUUAAAUUUCAGUUGGAGGUGAGCGUGUAGAUUUUAAAUUUGUUUUAGAUAGAAAGGCUCUUAAAAAAGAGUAUGAGAACAUGAUAAAAAGAAAACAGUUAAAGUAUAAAAAACUGCUGGAACUUAAUCUAACAAAAAUGUAGAAAGUAACUAAUUGGAUGAUAAGAGAGUGGGCAAAGUAGAAAAAAGAUGUUCGUUCUGAAACUUUAGAUUAUUUUAGAGAUAUCUUAAAUGAAAGAUAGAAAAUUAAAGAUAAUCUCGAUAUUCGUAAAAUUCAGCUGUUCUUAAAAAUGUUUUUAUACAGGCUCAGAGAUUUCUACAAAGAUCUCAAGCCUGAUUAUAUUGACAAGCUGAAAAAUAUUAGUGAAAAGCUAUACAGAAUUGGUUCUAGAGCUAUUGUAUACAAAACUCCACUCUCUAUCAGAGAUAACCCUAAAAACGCUUCAUUAGAUACUUAAGUCAGUAACAACUAGAUCUUAGAUGAAUCUCAUCCUUUGAAAAAAUUGCAAGAGGAAAUACUUGAAAUAGAAAGAGAAAUGAAGCUGUUCCGUCGUAUGCUUAGCAGAGAUAUCUAGAAAUACUAAGAACCAGAUGCGACAACUCAAAAGUCUAAAAAAUCAAAAAACAAAGAUGACGGAAGCUAAUAUAACGGAGGUAAUGAUAACGAUUAGUAAGGAGGAUAUAUGAAUGGUGGUUAAGGUUAUGACGAUUCAAAAGAUGCAAUUUAUGGAAUGGGAGAUAAAGAUUAGUAAUAAAAGUAAAGUGAAAUACUGUCAUUCUUCUUGGAGUAUAACAAAAGCUUUGAAAAGCACUCCUCUAAUUUGCAAAAAAUCCAACACUUUUUGGCAUAUUAAAAUUAUAGCAAUAUUCUAAAUUAAUUAUAGAGCAAGAAUCCAAUAAAGAGCGACUAACUAUUUGAUAUAUGCGAGACUUUUGUUGAAGAUGAAAAUAAUAAUUAAGUAGAAAUUCUUUAAUACUUCAAAAAAAAGAGAAAAAUUUCUGAACAUACAUCUUCAGAAAGUAUGACAAAUAACAAUAAUGAUACAAAGAUUGAAGAAGAAGGUAAAUAAAAAUAGAAUGAUUAAGAAAUCGAUGAAUUAAAUUCUAAUAUAUUUGACAAUGUUACUUUAUCUUUUAACUUCAAUCUUGACUCUAAGAAAGAAGAUGAAGAAGGAAAAGAAAACACUUUCAUAAGUAAAAGUCAAGACAAUUCAUUUAAUAAUCCAAAAUAAGCAAUAAAUGUAUUCAGUUAGUUUGAUGAUGAUGAAGAUGAUUCUACUGAAGCAAUAAUGGAAGAGAGAAAAUAUUAAGAGUUUAAAUCUAAAAUAAACUAAAAAAAUCUCAAAGAAUGCAAUAGUGGAAGUGAUAUUUUGGGAAAAAAUAUAAGUGAUAUAAAUAUUUCCAACGUAAUCAACCCAGAGUUUGACUAUUUCGGAGUGAAAAAACUCAAUUAAAUGAUUAAUAACAAAGUUAUAAACAAAAAAUUCUGCCAAAAUAUAAACUCAUUUAUAAAAUAGAAAUUUUAAAUUGUUGAAAUCAACAAAAUAAAAUGCAAAAAUGCUAUUAUUUACUAAAAAAUGAAAACAAAUGAUGAUCUAGUUAAAAAUUUAUAUUAAAAAUAGUAAUUAUUAGAGCCAAAGAUAAAUAUUAAAAUAGCUCCUCCGUUUUUGGAUGAUCUCAAUAUUAAUUGUUUGCAAACACUAAUAAAUUUAUAAAUUUAGGUUGAAUUGAGACUUGAGAAUGAAUAAAAUCCUAAAAGCUAAAUGGAUAUAGAAAAUAGCCAAAACAACUAAGCUGAAAAAUCUUUAGAAUUUCAUAUUUAAAAUAAUGUUAACUAUGCUUGUUGUGCAUACUUUACAGAGUUACCCAAUAUAAAGGAUGAAAUAUAGCUAAAUUGUAAAGAAAAUGCUGACUUCUAUUCGAUUCUAUGCUAAGAAGAUGUAGAGCAAGUUGUUUAAUCAUUUAAAAUAUAGAAACAAUUAUAUAGAUUGUUAUCGUAAGAUAGCUUCUUAACUUAAGAAGUAAUAAAUAGUGAGGCAGUUUGUAUAACAAAAUAAAGAUUAAGAUAAAUUGAUCCUUAAAACAACAAAUUUUUGUUAGAAAUUUCUCUCUGGACUCCUACUGAUAAUCUAGGUUAUUUAUCAAUAAAACUAAACAAUGAAGAAAUAUUUUCACCACUCAAUUUUAUUUAAAAAAUAAAAAAGUUUUAACAAUAUCAGAUUUAACAAAAGCAAAUUUAACAACAACAACAACAACAAUUGUAAUAACAACAAAAAAAAUAUAUCUAAAAUCAAUCACAAUGA